AUGGGAGACGGGCGUCCACGAAACGGAAGAGAUGAAGCUGAUGAACAACUCAACCAGUUCAAAGCUCGUCAACGGGGUCGUGUGGAGACGUUGACCACAGGAGGAGGAACACCGAUUGCAGAUAAGCUCAAUUCCUUAACGAUUGGUCCAAGAGGUCCAAUCCUUUUACAGGAUACCGUCUAUAUCGAUGAAAUAUCGCAUUUUGACAGGGAGAGGAUACCAGAAAGGGUGGUACAUGCAAAAGGAGCGGGGGCAUUUGGGUUCUUCGAGGUAACCAACGACAUCUCGCAGUACACCAGGGCAAAGGUCUUCAACGAAAUCGGCAAAAGAACACCGAUUGCUGUCAGAUUCUCAUUCGUCAGUGGCGAAUCUGGCUCAGCGGAUAGCACGAGAGAUCCAAGAGGAUUUGCCAUAAAAUUCUACACGGAAGAAGGGAAUUGGGAUUUGGUUGGCAACAAUACGCCCGUUUUCUUUAUCAGAGAUCCGAUUCUUUUUCCUGUUUUCAUUCAUUCGCAGAAAAGAAAUCCUGUGACACAUCUAAAGGACGCUGAUAUGUUCUGGGAUUUUCUAAGUCUCCGACCUGAAUCAACACAUCAAGUAUCAUUACUAUUUUCUGAUCGGGGAAUUCCGUUCGGCUACAGAUUCAUGAACGGUUAUGGUUCAGAUACUUUCAAAUUGGUGAACGCUGAAAAUGAGGCUGUGUAUUGUAAAUUCAUUUAUAAGUCUGACCAAGGAAUCAAAAACUUAUCUCCUGAGGCAUCCAGAGAAUUGGCUGGUACAGAUCCAGAUUAUGCUACAAGAGAUCUCUACAAUGCCAUUGCUAACGGAGAUUACCCAUCAUGGACUUUUUACAUACAAGUGAUGACUUUCGAACAAGCAAGGACAUGGAGAUUCAACCCUUUCGAUGUUACAAAAGUGUGGCCUCAAAAAGAAUUCCCCUUAAUCGAAGUUGGAAAGUUAGUUUUGAACAGGAAUCCCAAGAACUACUUCGCCGAAGUGGAGCAGAUUGCGUUUACUGUGUCCAACCUUGUACCAGGAAUAGAAGCCAGUCCGGACAAGAUGCUACAAGGAAGAUUAUUCUCCUAUGCUGAUACUCAAAGGUACAGGCUUGGCACCAAUUAUUUGCAGCUGCCUGUUAACUGUCCCUAUCGUGUACGUCCGAGAAAUUAUCAAAGAGAUGGCGAAAUGACCAUCUACAGUCAAGAUGGAGCUCCCAACUAUUAUCCAAACAGCUUUGGUGGCCCUGAGAAUGACCGAACAGCUCGAGAACCACCCUUUGAAGUGCACGGGGAUGUUGACAGAUACGAUAGUUCCAACGAAGACAACUUCACUCAAGCAGGCAUCUUCUACAGAGAGGUGUUAGAUGACGAUCAAAGAGCUCGUCUUGUUCGAAACAUCGCUGAAAAUCUCGUCGAAGCACAGGAGUUCAUUCAAGCGAGAGCAGUCAAAAACUUUGCUGAAGCAGAUCCCGACUACGGACGGCGUGUGGCGGAUGAGUUGAAGAGAUUGAAGGAACAAGGAAUUGGGAAAUGAAAGUUGCAAAACUUUUAUCAGGACUCUACAACUCAACCCUUUCAACUUGCAUGUUCAAUGGAAUUUCGAUUUAUUCUCACAAAAACGGUGUUUCUCAACUGGAGUAAAAAAAUUAUUAAUGAACUAAUAUAUGCGAAUAUUGUAAUUUUAU